CCAAAAGAAGAAGAACAAGAAAAAAAGAAAAGAGAAAUACAUAUAUAGAAAGUAAAACACUCAAAAAGCUAAAGAAGUCAACCAACACAAUAUACGAGAAAGGACUCAUUUAGAAUUGACUUCAUUUAAUUAAUCAUCGAACCAAACAUCCAUUUAUUAUAUACAUAACAUAUAUACAUAUAUAUAUACUACUACAUUUUAUUGCAUUUUAUUUCGUACAAUUCUUCAUCUACUUUAAAAGAAAUCAAAUAAGAAAAGAAGGGGCAGGAACACUGUAUUUAUUCCGAGAAAAGUUAAUAAUACUAUUAUGGAUGUCCUCAAAGGCCUUGUUGCUCGAGUAGCUCGUGCAUUCUAUGAUCCAAAAUACAUUGUCAUUCUAGACGAACUCAACAAUGCUCCACCAAAUACAAAUGGUGUUCGAGAGGAAGAUCUUGUAAUGACAUUAAAAAUGACUCCACGCGAUAUUCACAGAAUCUGUGGUAAACUCAAAGAGGAUCGUCUUUUAAAAAUGGCCACUCGUAUGGAAGCACGAAAGCAGGAUCAGAGACCAGUUCCAAAGACGUACUACUAUCUCGAUUACAAAGAAUUUGUUGACGUUGUAAAGUGGAAGAUGUACAAAAUGCAAACUACUGUGAGAGACAACCUCAGGACAGAAUCAGAAAACAAAGGCUACAUCUGUUCAAACUGCGAAAAGCAGUUCUCAACACUCGAGGUUCUGUCACUCGUCAAUCCAUCAGACGGACUAUUCCACUGUGAGGCCUGUGACUUUGUUCUUGGAGAGAAUGACAAUGCUGAAAACGUGAAAGGAAGUCAGCAGGUGCUUACACGAUUGCAAGAACAAUCACAGCCGAUUAUCCACCUACUGAAACAAACCGACUCUCUUGUUAUUCCAUCAAGCUACAUUUUCAAACCUUCAGCUGUGGGUGUACGGAGUAGUGGAGGAUCUAAAGAUGAGUACGAACUGGCAGUUGCUCAGGAUACAGGUGCAGGCCAAGGUGAUAUUAUUGUCGAUCUUCAGAUGGACAACGAAUCAGCACGGCGACAGAAACUUCAGGAAGCUGAAGAGAAACGACAGCAAAACGCAUUACCCGUCUGGCAUCAACGUAGUACUGUGUCUGAUGUGCUGUUGGGUACUGGCGAUCGUUCGCAUGAAGCACCAGUAGAGAACGAGGAUGAAGAAACCUUUGAAGAAGCCGGAACUGAAGAGUUUGACGCUGUUCGUCAUGAUUAUUACGAGAAAUACUACGAGUCAUUGAGCCAUGCUAUCCCAUCAGAGUCCACAGCUAACGAUAAUGAAUGGAAUAUUGAUGGCCAUGAAGAAGAAGACGACGAGUUUGAAACUGUCAUGAAUGGGAAUAAUGCCAAUGGAAGACAAAACAACAACUACAAUAUGGAUUUAGAUGCAGAUGACAGUUACCGGGGAAGAUAUGACUCUGAAGGCGUAGAAGAAAUUGGCGAAGGAUUUGAAGAAAUUCCACUAGUAUCAGUUAAUGGAAAGAUGGUUCCCUUGAAUGAGGUUAUGGAAGAUGACCAGAGAAAUAUGACUACUGAAGAAUACAAGGCUUAUUAUGAAGCAUGGCAGAGCUGGCAAAACAGUUAGAGAGAAUAUAUGAAGAAAGAGAUAAAGAAAUAAAGAUAUAAAGAAAAAUAAAGAAAAACAUAAACUUCAUUAUGGUCAAUAUU